GCGUAAUAAUUCAAUCUCCAACAAUUAAACGCACCCUUUCUUUCUCUCUCUCUUCCUUUAUCUUAUUCCAUUUCUUUAAUGUCUGUGCCAAGAACAUCGCUCAGAUUGUAAGACGCGCUUUUUCUACUUCUUCAGACGCUUAAAGCUGAAACCUUUGUAAGUAUCUGAUUGCCAUUUGUUGGUAAAAAAAAUUAGAGAAAAAUCGUUUGAAUUUUGAGUAAGUGCAUACACAGCGACAAGAAAUGUCGAUGUUUGAUGAAAUGGGCUUCUGUGGAAGCUUUGAUUUUCUAUCUGCUCCUUCGUUUGAUACCGAGGGUGCAACUGAAGAAGCACUCGUGGACGAGGAUUACAACGACAGUGAUGAUGACGUGGAUAUUGACGAGCUGGAGCGGAGGAUGUGGCGUGACAAAAUGCGUUUAAGACGACUUAAAGAGCAGUUAAAGUAUAAAGAAGGUACGUGUGAUAACGGAAAACCGAAACAAUCUCAAGAACAAGCGAGGCGAAAAAAGAUGUCUCGUGCACAAGACGGGAUCUUGAAAUACAUGCUUAAAAUGAUGGAAGUUUGUAAAGCUCAAGGGUUUGUUUACGGAAUCAUUCCUGAAAAGGGUAAGCCCGUGAGUGGAGCUUCGGAUAAUCUCCGGGAAUGGUGGAAAGAAAAAGUGAGGUUUGACCGAAACGGACCUGCAGCGAUUUCAAAAUACUGUGCGGAUCACUCGGUUGUUGGGGAACACGAGAGUCUGACACCGGUGUCGACCCCUCACACGUUACAAGAGCUUCAAGACACGACACUUGGCUCGCUUUUGUCGGCUUUGAUGCAGCAUUGUGACCCUCCGCAACGCCGGUUUCCGUUGGAAAAGGGUGUUGCACCGCCGUGGUGGCCUAGCGGAGAUGAGGAUUGGUGGGUGGAAUCGGGGAUGCCGAGAGAACAAGGCCCGCCACCGUAUAAGAAACCGCAUGAUCUGAAAAAGGCAUGGAAGGUGAAUGUUUUAACCGCUGUUAUUAAGCACAUGUCGCCUAAUAUUGAUAAGAUUCGGAAGCUUGUUAGGCAGUCAAAGUGCUUACAGGACAAGAUGACAGCUAAAGAAAGCGCCACGUGGCUUGCGGUUAUUAACCAAGAGGAAGCACUUUGCCGGAUUAUGUAUCCCGACAGCUGCCCUCCAGCCACCGGUGGCGGUGGUGCUUCUUAUCUUAUCAAUGAUGCAAAUGAUUAUGAUGUUGAAGGUGCGUUUGAUGAGCCGAUUUUCGAGUUGGAAGACUGCAAGCCACAAAAUCUUUAUGGGUCAGGCGUAGUGGGACCGGUUCCUCUUGUUAAAGUCAAAGGGGAGCUUGUUGACUCUAUGAAGCCUGAGAGUUUUAUGAUGAAAAGAAAACAACCAUCCAGUGAUCACCACUACCAGCCGCCAGUUAUGAUGGAACCAAAGAUGUACGCUUGCGAGUAUCCUCAAUGCCCGUAUAGCGAUGCUCGUGUCGGGUUUCAUGAUAGAUCUGCAAGAAACAACCACCAGAUGAACUGUGCUUACCGCCCUAAUGCUAAUCCUCGUGGCGGAACCGUGAACUUUCAGACGAACAGUCUUGAGACAGCACCUGUGUUUGGUAUGCAGUCGUUCGGUCAAACUCAGCUCACUACAUCUCUACCACCUUCGAACCACACCGCACCACCACCACCACAGUCGUAUAACGGCACUUGUGGCGGUGACAUUGCGGAACUUGGACUGCCCGAAGAUGGCCAAAGAAUGAUUUCUGAUCUCAUGUCGUUCUACGAUGCGAAUCUCCAAGAAACAAACAAAAGCUUCAACACUGGGAAUGUUGAUCCGAUCCAACUCGAUGACAGUUUCUUUGGACUUGAGUUCGACAACUGCAAAACGCCAUGUGAGUCUGGUUUUGACUCCGGCGGCAACCUGAAUGUAAAUGACAAUAAUAGCCUGGACUUCAGAUUUGGUGCGCAGUCGGUGUGGUACAUGUGAAGAUGAAUGUAGGAUGUGAAGGAGUGAAAGUUCAUCCGUAACUUUUAAUAAUGAAUAUGGUACUACAUUAUUAAUUAUGGCUUGUUUGUACGAUAAAACACUUGAAGGAUGUUAUAUGCUAUGUAUGUGUGGAUGUUCAUAAGUGGGUGGUAUGCAUUGUGUGACAAAACAUGUUUCUUUUU